AUGGAGUUUUUAGCGACCUUUUUCGGGACAGUGCUGGGUGGCAUGGUGGAACCUGUUAAACGACAACUACGCUACAUUCGCAACUACAAAAGCAAUGUUCAGAAGCUGCAAAGUCGUGUACAGGAUCUCCGUGAUCGAAAGACCAGCGUCAUGGCUCAAGUUGAAGAAGCUGAAAGAAAUGCUGAGAACAUUCACGAUCCUGUCACUACCUGGUUGACGAAGACAGAUGAGAAGAUUGAUGAAAUUCAGAAGUUCCUAACUAAUAAAGGCCAGAAGAGGACAAGGAGCUCCAGUGGUUCGUUUCCCAACCUAUAUUUAAGGCGUAAGCUUGGUAAACAAGCGCAGAAGAUGGUUCAACAGUGCGAUGAUCUGCUGCAAGAGUCAAACUUUCCUGCCUUUUCUUACCGUCCAGAGCCAGAAGCAUCAAAUGUUGCUCUUCAUGAUGAUGGUUAUGAGUCAUUUAAAUCAAGAGAUGUCAUUGUGGAGCAGGUUAUGAAAGCGCUGAGUGAUCCCACAAUUAAAAUGAUUGGUAUCUAUGGACAAGGCGGUGUCGGCAAAACCACUUUAGUUAAAGCAAUUGCAAGGAAAGCUAAAGCAGAAAGGCUAUUUAAUGUUGUGGUUAUGGCGAAUAUUACAACAGAACCUGAUGUAAGAAGGAUACAAGGAGAAAUAGCGGACAUGCUGGGCUUGAGAUUGGAUGAUGAGAGCAAGAAUGGACGAGCGGGUCAUUUGAAACAGAGAUUGAGGAAGGAGAAGGAGAACACCUUAGUCAUCUUGGAUGAUCUUUGGGCUCGAUUUGACAUGAGUAUGUUGGGCAUUCCAUUGAAGGAUGAUGACAUCAACCAGAAAACAAUAGCUAAUAUGCCAAAUAUUAGUCACAACCAAUUGAAAGACGACAAGAUGGCGAGUGAUUCCAAAUGGUUCAAGAUUUUGUUGACUUCUCGACGCAAAGAGGUAUUGUCAAGUGAAAUGAAAGCAAGGGAGGAUUCAGUUUUUAAAGUGAACGUCAUGGAGGAAGAGGAAUCCGAGAAGCUGUUCAACAAGGUGGUUGGAAUAACCAAUGAAGAUUCUGAGUUGAAAUCAUUAGCAACUAAAAUUGUUCAAAAAUGUGCAAAGUUGCCGUUAGCAAUAGAAGCAGCUGGAAAAGCUUUGAAGAAUAGUAAGAACAAAGUCUUCUGGGGAAAUGCACUGCAACGAUUUGAAAGGCAAGAUAUGACUGAAGUAUUAGGACCGGUGGAGAUUUCUGUGAAGUUAAGUUAUGACUUCCUACUAAGUGAAGAGAAGUCUAUUUUCUUGCUUUGCGCUCAUCUGGGUAAUGAUUCAUCAAUUAUGUAUUUGGUGAAAUAUUGCAUCGGCUUAAGCAUAUUUAAAGGAGUCAAUACAAUAAAAGAAGCUCAAGAUAGAGCAAACGAAUCUAUAAAGAAGUUAAAAGACUCAAGCUUGUUGUUGGAUACUAAUUCUCCGGAUUGUAUUACUAUGCAUGAUAUGAUCCGUGAUGCUGCCUUAAUUAUAGCGCACAAGGAGGAACAUUUUUUUACCCAGAAAUAUGUCAAACUUGAUGAAUGGCCUAGAAAGGAUACAUUUGAAAAGUGCACUGUUGUCUCUUUGCAAUAUUGUGACAUCAUUGAUGGGAUUCCAGAAGAUGUAAAUUUCCCUCAACUCGAAGUCUUCCAUCUUGAUAGUAAAGAUCCUUCCAUGAAAAUACCAGACAAGCUUUUUGAAGGAAUGAAAGAAUUGAGAGCGUUAAUAUUGACAGGUAUUGAUCUAUCAAAGUUCCCUUCUUCGGUUAAAUGCCUAAUAAAGCUUAGAAUGCUUUGUUUGGAGCAAUGUGUGCUAGAUGACAACAUAUCCAUCAUUGGUGAGUUGAAGAGUUUAAGAAUUCUAAGCCUUUUGGGAUCUAAAUUUGAAUUAUUGCCAAGCGAAUUUAGGCAAUUGAGCAAGCUACAAUUGUUUGACAUUAGUCAUUGUAGUAAACUUAAAGUGAUUCCAUCUAAUGUAAUAUCAAAGUUGAAUAAUUUGGAAGAGUUGUACAUGGGAAAAACCUUCAUCCAAUGGGGUGUUCAACGAAAAACAAAUCCUGAUGAAAUUGCUACCCUUGCCGAAUUGGAAUCUCUUCAACAGUUGAGAAGUCUUGAUAUGCACAUAGAAGAUAUUACUACUUUGCCCAGUAGCUUGGACUUUGACAAGUUGGAUAGCUACAACAUUGUGAUUGGAGACUCUAAGAUGUUUUUGUUGGAAGAUUUUCAUAUGUCUCAUCAAUAUAAGACUUCAAGAGUUUUGGCAUUGCAUCUAAAAAAAGGCGAUGACAUUCAUUUGCAAAGAGGGAUUAAAAAGUUGUUUAAAGGUGUUGAGCAAUUGCUUUUAGGGGAAGUAGAUGGUGUUCAUUAUGUUACCUAUGAGUUAAAUGUGGAAGGAUUUCAGAAUCUUAAGCAUCUAACCAUUAGAAAAAAAUUCUGA